UCCUCCGGCGGCAGCGGCGGGCAAGAACUCUCCGCACUUGCACUCGGUGGCCAGCAGCCUGCGCUCGUGCCUGGACGGGAUGCUGCCGGACAACCUGCGCAACGACAGCGCGGCGUUCGCGGCGCACCUGGCGCAGCAGAGGGCGCGGCUGCAGACGGAGAAGAACUCGUGGCGCUUCGGGCUCAACUACCUCUUCGAGACGCUCAAGCAGCACAAGGACUGGUACGCGCGCAACCAGCAGUUCGUGCAGCUGCGCAAGGACGCGCGGCGCUUCGAGGCGCACGUGGCCACGGUGCGCACGCUGCUGGCCGAGAGCGUGAGCAAGCUGGACCUGGAGGCCGGCCUGCGCGGCGCCGAGCUCGAGGGCCGCGUGGGCGCCUACAAGAUCAUGUUCGAGGUCACCAAGAUCGUGUCCAACCUGAGCCGCCCGCUCGUCAAGCUGCAGAUCCUCAAGCCCAACGAAUCGUCGCUCUCCAUCUACUGCGACACGUUCGUGCUGGACAUCGCGCUGUCGGGAGGCGAGGGCGCCGUCGAGUCCGCCUCGCUCACGACCGUGGAGAAGGACCAGUCCAGCCAGUUCCCGGACCGAGAUGAGGACCUGCUGGCGUCGCUCAAGCUGCUGGCGAGCGGCGACAGCGCCAACUUCACGGUGGGUGCGCACGGAGGCGGGCGGGUUGUGCUGUGCUUGUAGUCAUUAUUGUGUGGUUUGCUCAUUGUUGUGCUUAGGAAAAACUCAACCGGCUGAUCAACCGCGCGGAGCUGGCAGUCAAGUUCCCGGCCAGUACGUGGCUGUCAAGCUUGCAGUUGAUGCUGCUAGGCUUGAGAAGAGGUUGCUGAUGUGUCUACUGUAUCUAUUUACUUGUGAUUGGCAGUGAGCUUCGAGCAGCUGGAGCUGGAGCUCUACACCAAGGUCACGGAGGCGUGCAGUCAGCAGGUAGGAGAGUUUGCCUCCUGCUUCAGUGUCGUACCAUCAGACCGUCAAAUUCACCCCUUAACUUUUUGUACCACCGCAGAAAUACUGGACGGCCAAGCGCGCGGUGGAAGGAGUGCGCAUCAUGUUCAACGAUCCUUACGCUUGUAUCCCGGUGGUUGAGCCACCACGCAAGCGAGUGAAGCUGGACGACGCGCAGGCGUCUGCAGCAGCUGCUGCUGGCGCUACUGGGGCUGCUGAUGUGACAGCGAUUGACGGGGCCAGCGGACCUGGAGACGACCGCGAUGACCCCAACAAGACCUCGUCGC